CUCCCCUCCUCUUUGUCCAAUCUUUCAUUUACACUCCUCAAACAAAAGAGAUUCUUUGUCUUUGUCACUUUCACCUUCACUUUAUACAAACACCAAAACAAUUCUCAAUUCUCCCUUCCUCUCUUUGAUCAAACCAUGGAACCACCACCACCACCACCACACCACCACCAUGACAGCACCACCACAUCAACCACCGACUCAACCACCCAACCACCAUCAAACUGCUGCAAAUGCGGUGCACCCACCUCCUUACCACCACCACCACCAUCAAACUCCAUCCCAUCUUACCUCCCUAUUCGUUACCCCGCCAUCAACCUUCCCCCUGAAACCGCCUCACGUACUCAACAAUCAAUCAUACUCACACCAGUCCCUCAACCUCUACCCAUUCCCCCUCUUUCCCCUCCUUUCCAUUUCAUUCCCCCAAUCAAACGCAUCUCCACCCCUUCCCACGCUUCUCACUUCGUUGAUUCCCUUUCCUCCGGUAAACCUUUCCUUGGUUUCAUCGCUUCUCUUUCUCAUUCCAUCCAUGGUAUCAAAAUCUCUGACUCUUGCUUUCUAUCUCAUACCCUUUCCCAAAUCAUUUCUAUUCUCGACACUUUAAUCUCUUGGGUUGAUGAAAUUCCACCUGCUUCUCAAUCUGCUAGGUAUGGGAAUCCCUCUUUUAGGGUAUGGCAUGAUAGAAUGACUCAAAAUGCAGAUUCUUUUAUACACAACAUAAUCCUUGAUUCACAUGAUGAAUUGAAGGAUUCUGUGGUAGAGUUAACACCCUAUUUUACUGAUAGUUUUGGGAACCCGUCUCGUAUUGAUUAUGGGACGGGACACGAAACGAAUUUCGCUGCUUGGUUGUAUUGUUUAGCUAGAUUGGGGUUGAUUAAAGAGGAGGAUUAUCAAGGAGUUGUUAUUAGGGUUUUUGUUAAGUAUUUAGAUUUGAUGAGGAAAUUGCAGAUUGUUUAUUGUCUUGAACCUGCUGGUUCUCAUGGUGUUUGGGGUCUUGAUGAUUAUCAUUUCUUGCCUUUUGUUUUUGGGUCUGCUCAACUUAUUGAUCAUAAGUAUAUGAAACCUAAGUCUAUACAUAAUGAUGAUAUUCUUGAGAAUUUUUCUCAUGAGUAUAUGUAUUUGUCUUGUAUUGCUUUUAUUAAGAAGGUUAAGAAAGGUCCAUUUGCUGAGCAUUCUCCUAUGUUGGAUGAUAUUAGUGGGGUGCCUAAUUGGAAUAAGGUUAAUAGUGGUAUGCUUAAGAUGUACCGAGCUGAGGUUCUUCUUAAGGUCCCCGUCGUUCAGCAUUUCCUUUUUGGCUCCAUCAUACCAUGGGAGUGAGAUGUCAUACCUGUUUGAUUUAGACCUUCACCAAGAAGACAUACGGCCUGCCAAUGUUAACAUCAGAGUGACUAGCUUGAUUGGAAUGGAGAAUAAUGCUUUGGUAGUGUGUAUUCUCUACGUUUAGCUGUUAUUCCAACAUUUUGUAGUUUGUACAUGCAUAUUGAUGCUCUUGUGAGCUUGUUAUCCUCAGGUAAACUUGUAACUAAUGUUUGGUGACUAAAAAUAAUGACUUUUUGUGUGACAAUUAAUGCCUUAGUGGUUGAAUUUACUAUUUUUCA